GCGGUCAUUCCUGCUAAACUGAAGAGAUUUAGUGUCUGUUUUCGCGAAGCUGGACUGUGCCUGGGCAGUUUAUAUUGCGUCUGUAUGUUCGGCAGUGCUUGCGUUUUUCUUUAAUAGAAUGCCGUUUCAUUUUUAGAAGUUUGUUGUAACGAACUGGAAAACAACGAUUAAAGGGCCUGACAACGAAAAUGAGAUACUGAUCCGUGUGAAGGUUUCAGCUGCGUGUCAUUAAUGUAGCGUGAGACAAACGACCUCAGUUGCUUUAGUUUAUAACGUCGCGUCCACCGUUAAAAGACUUACUAUGAAUUUAUAUGUGCUUCGAAAAAGCUUUUUCAACCAAUGUCUGAAAAUCUCCAAGAAAAAUGAAGUGCAUGAAGGAGGUCAGUGGCUGCAAAUGUGUAGAUCCAAAACAUCUGCACCAAAAAACUUCUGCGAUUAUGAGGGCAUGAGACGGACUUACGACAUACGAGUUCCUCAGCGGUUUAAUUUCGCUAAGGACGUGCUGGAGCAGUGGGAAACCAAAGAAAAGAACGGACAGAGGUCGUCUCUUCCAGCUCUGUGGUGGGUGAAUGACGGCGGGGAGGAGGUCAGAUGGAGUUUUGAGGAGUUGGGCUUCCACUCCAGAAGACUUGCAAAUGUUCUGCAUCAGGAGUGCAGUUUGGAGAGAGGGGAUCGUGUGUUCCUCAUCUUACCCAGAGUCCCUGAGUGGUGGCUGGUUAAUGUGGCAUGUCUCCGAACAGGUACGGUUCUGAUCCCCAGCACGUCUCAGCUCACUGCUCGAGAUAUCUGCCACCGGCUGCAGACGUCUGGGGCCAAGUGUGUGAUCACAGAUGAAACUUUGGCUCCACUGUUGGACACAGUAGCCUCAGACUGCCCUUCCAUCUCCACCAAGCUUCUGCUGUCCCACAGGGCCAUGCACGGCUGGGGCAACCUGACCGAACUCAUGGGAAAAGUGUCAGAUGAUCAUGUUUGCAUGGACACCAGGAGUGAGGAGGCCAUGACUAUCUUCUUCACCAGUGGCACAACCGGCUCUCCAAAAAUGACCCAACACAGCCACUGUAGUUACGGUCUGGGGCUCACGGUGAACGGCAG